AUGGCGAUGGCGGUUCGUGCGGAAUUCGUCGAGCUAUUAGACUAUUGGUAUAAAACCACCCGGACCCAGAACCAUUAUCAUCAGUGUAUCGUUCCAUCGUCAACAGAUCUACGACUUCGGUUCCUAUUAAAACCACUCCGACAACCCAAUAAAAUAUGUAAGUCGGGUGAACUUUUGAAAUAGCUCGUUAUUUUCGUAUAAAGUAACGAGCGAUUUUUAUCACUAUACGUCUCGUUUUACAGCUAAAACAAAGAAAAUCCCUGCGAAAAUGAGCGGCACAACAUUGAACCCGAAGAAAACCCUGGCCGCGGUCUUGGUGCUGAUGGUGAUCGGACACGCUGUGGCGGACAUGGCCGACGUCGGUAUGUGCAUCCGGAACUGCGCGCAGUGUAAGAAAAUGUUGGGCGCCUAUUUCGAGGGGCCUUUGUGCGCGGACGCUUGCGUCAAGUUCAAAGGCAAGAUGAUACCGGAUUGCGAGAACAUCGAUUCCGUGGCGCCGUUCCUCAGCAAACUCGAAUAA